CUGCCGUGGCCAAAUGAUAAUAACUCUAUUUUUACCCACCCAACAGCCAUGGAUGGAUGGUUAGGAUUGCUCGACCAGCAUGAUUUUACAGACAUACUCCAUCUACAAUCCACAAUAUUUGGAUGGUCCGGAUCGCUGUACCCGAGUAACCAGACGGUGGGAUAUUAAUCACAGGAGAAUGCCCUUGAAAUAUCAAAGUCUGUGAUUUUAGGAGGGUUUUGGGUGGAGGGCCAUGGAGAGGAGAGCAGAAGAAUCAGUUGCAGGCUACGCUAAUGUGAUAGAAGCCCUCAGAGAAAUCAUCAUCUAUCCUCUCAUCCACUCUCGCCAAUCUCAAUCUCUCGGCCUCAAAUGGCCCAGUGGAUUGCUGCUCUAUGGUCCUCCAGGCACUGGAAAGACAAGCUUGGUCCAUGCUGUUGUUCGAGAGUGCAAUGCACAUUUGACUUCAAUCAGCCCGCAUUCAAUUCUUAGUCCAUAUGCUGGAGAAAGUGAAAGGUUAUUGAGGGAGGCUUUUUCGGAAGCACUGGAACAUGCAUCAUUGGGCAAGCCAUCUGUCAUUUUUAUUGAUGAAAUCGAUGUCCUUUGUCCGCCUCGUGAUUCCAGGAGAGAGCAAGAAUCCCGAAUAGUUGCUCAGCUACUUACUUUGGUCGGUGGCAGCAAGGCUUCUUCUAAGUCCCGUCCCCAUGUCGCUGUUGUGGCAUCAACUAACAGAGUGAAUGCUAUCGAUCCAGCAUUACGAAGAUCAGGACGUUUUGAUGCUGAAAUUGAAGUUACAACACCUACUGAAGAGGAGCGCUUUCAAAUCCUCAAGCUCUAUUCAAAGGAGUUCGUUUUGGAUAACAAUGUCGACCUAAAAGCUAUAGCUGCAUCCUGCAAUGGAUUUGUUGGGGCUGAUUUAGAAGCUUUAUGUCGGGAAGCAUCCCUGUCUGCCCAGCGCAGGUUGUCAUCUACAACCAAAAAUGGUGGUAUACCUGUAAUAAUGGAUGACUGGAAGCAUGCACGAUCCAAGGUUGGUCCAAGCAUCACGAGGGGGAUUACUGUUGAAGUCCCAAAGGUGUCAUGGCAAGAUAUUGGAGGACUGAAAGAUCUAAAGAAUAAGCUCCAACAAGCUGUUGAGUGGCCCAUUAAGCAUGCUGAAUCAUUUGCAAGACUUGGAAUAUCGCCAAUAUGUGGGGUCCUUUUGCAUGGACCACCAGGGUGCUCGAAGACUACCCUUGCCAAAGCUGCAGCACAUGCUGCCGGCGCUGCUUUUUUCUCCUUGAGUGGUGCGGACCUAUAUUCUAUGUAUGUUGGAGAAGGAGAAGCUUUGUUACGCAGCAUAUUUCAAAGGGCACGCCUUGCUGCACCAAGUAUUAUAUUCUUUGACGAGGCCGAUGUAGUUGGUGCCAAACGGAGUGGAGGUGGUGGGAAUCCACGUGGUAGCUCUACAGUUGGAGAGAGACUUCUAUCUACUUUACUGACUGAAAUGGAUGGACUAGAACAAGCUAAGGGUAUUCUUGUUCUAGCUGCUACAAAUCGACCUCAUGCAAUUGAUGCUGCACUUAUGCGUCCAGGGCGCUUUGAUUUGGUGCUUUAUGUCCCUCCUCCUGAUUUAGAAGGCCGGGAGGAGAUAUUGCGUGUGCACACACGUCGUAUGAAGCUUGGUGAAGAUGUCAAUCUCAGACAGUUGGCAGAAGACACGGACCUCUUCACUGGGGCUGAGCUGGCAGGACUUUGUAAUGAAGCUGGCAUGUUGGCUCUUAGAGAAGACAUCUCUGCCACUGCCAUAUUCAAUCAUCAUUUCUGGACUGCAAGAAAUUCGCUAAGACCUGCCUUGACGAAGUUACAAAUUGAUCAAUAUGCAUCGUUUAUGAAAAAGCCGUCAUCAAAACCCUCAGAUGCAGAUAUGCUUAAAUUCAUCAAAACCAUCAAUUCAAUGUAGAACCGGUGAAUUUGAUGAAAUGCCCAUCUGGGUAAUCUUCCUUAUCCAAUUUUG